GAGAAAUUCACUUCUAUCGUUCGCUUACCGAAAAAGAUCGUAUUUCCAUCAAUAUCCUCUGUAACUGGGGUAGUGCUCUGAUAUACUAUGCACAGCUAACAUCAAACAAAGAUGAUGAAACACGUUUAUGGUAUAACAAUGAACAACGAAAAUUAAAUAUUUUCCUACUUAAUGUAGUGAAAUCCAUAUUUCAGGAUAUUGCCAGCAUGGAUACUGUUAUCAGAAAAGUUAUGAAUUUCGCUCAAAAGUUAACAAGUGCAGAUCGAUCUUCUCUCUUUCUUGUAGAUCAUAAAAGGAAAGAAUUGUAUGCAAGAAUUUUCAAUGUCGGUAUCCAACAGGAUGAACAAAUUAAAAUUAACGAAGAUGGUAAUGAGGAGAUUAGAUUCUCAGCAAACAAAGGUAUAGCUGGAUAUGUUGCUAUGACAGGAGAAGUUCUCAAUAUCGAAAAUGCUUAUCAAGAUCCGCGAUUCAACAAAGAGAUUGAUCAGAAGACGGGUUACAAAACCAGGAAUAUCCUUUGUAUGCCUAUUUUCAUUAGGGAUUCAGUGAUUGGUGUGAUACAAAUGAUUAACAAAGCAGAUGGGCCUUUUACAAAACAGGAUCAAAAUUCUUUCGAAACAUUCGCCGUAUAUUGUGGCCUAGCAUUGCAUCAUACAAUGCUUUAUAAUCAGAUAAAACGUUCCGAAGAGAAAUAUCGGGUGGCAUUAGAAGUAUUGGCAUAUCACAGUGUAUGCAAUAAGGAGGAAGUGAGCAAGCUGAAAAGUGUCACAAUCGAAGAUAAUAUCACGGAAUUGGACAAAUUCGAAUUCAAUGGAUUUCAAUUAACAGAGCUUGAAAAGCCACUUUAUGCUGUUUAUAUGUUUCGAACGCUAUUUAAAGGAAAAUUUAAUUAUGAUGAGGAUGAUUUGGUUCGUUUCAUACUUACUGUACGUAAAAAUUAUCGUCAAGUAGCCUAUCAUAAUUGGGUACAUGGAUGGACCGUAGCGCAAGCCAUGUAUUGCUUACUUCGAGCCACUACAAUUUUCACUUUAAAACAGUCCCUUGCGCUUUAUAUAGCUUGUUUGUGCCACGAUCUCGACCAUCGUGGCAAGAAUAAUGCCUAUAUGAAAUCAAUGUGUAGUCCGUUGGCAUCAAUUUAUUCAACAUCAGUAAUGGAACACCAUCAUUUCAAUCAGACCGUUAUUAUUUUACAACAGGUUGGACAUAAUAUUCUUAAAUCUUUCUCCUCAGAGGAAUACAAGGAUAUAUUGGGUAUUAUUAAGCACUGCAUAUUAUCCACUGAUCUGGCAAGCUUUGCUAACAAUAGAGCAGCAGUGGAAGCAAUUCUAUCCGAUGGUACAUUCAGUUGGGACAACGAAGAUCAUCGGUUUUUAAUGAAAAGCAUUUUAAUGACUGGUUGUGAUCUAAUUGCGGCAUCGAAACCAUGGCCUGUUCAUACGGAAACUGUGAAAAUAAUAUUCGAAGAAUUCUAUGAACAAGGAGAUGCGGAAAGACGAAAUGGACAAGAACCGAUUGCAAUGAUGGAUCGAGAGAAAGCAAACGAGAUGCCGCAAAUGCAAGCGAAUUUCAUGAAGUUUAUCUGCGUCCCAUGUUAUGAGCUCAUUGUUACAACGUUACCGGAAUGUCAACAGUUACUUGACCGCUGUUUGUACAAUAUGAAGAAAUGGCAAGAAUUGGCUGAUGAGCAAAAGGAAGCGGAACUUAAGGAAGAUUAA